UUUCCUUCCCGCCUUUUCCUUCGCUCCGCCUUCCGCCGCUGGAACCCAAAUUGGGCCGAAGAAGCCGGAGAACGAAGCGGCAGCAUGGAGCCCCGGAGGGAGACCGAGGCGCCGCCGAUGCUGCUCCCGGCCAAGGAGGAGGAGGAGGAGGAGGAGGAGAAGGAGAGAACGCCCAAAGAAAACCCGCGGCUGCCGCCUCCAAUAGAAGGGCAUCUGAGAAGCAAGGCUCUGCUGAAGCAAGUCAGGAUCCAUCUGACGCCCGUCUCUGUCGGCAACGGAGGAGACUAUCGGAGGUACUUGUCCCAGAAGCGUUGUUUGUUGGAGCAGUUUUCCAGCUCCGAAGGCCUUUCAAGUCCAGAGCCAAGCGCCAAGAGAGCCUGCGACCCUCCUCCAGGCUCCCAAAGCCAUCCGGAAACCUCUCAGGAGCCUGGCAUGAAGGCAUCCUCGCAGGAACAGCGCUCCUCCGACGCAGCAUCCGCCGCCUCCGCCAUCCAGAGCGAGACGGAGAAUGAGGACAGGGGUCCCGAGAGCGGCAGGGAAGAGGAGGAGGAAUCGGCGGAGCUGUCUGCUUACGAACGCAAGAGGCUGAAGAACAUCACAGAGAACGCAGAGUUCUUUGCUUCUCUGAAAUUGUUUGAGUCAGCCGCAAGACUUCGUGGAAUCGUAAACAAAGAACAAACCCGAGGGACGAAAAGAGUUAAGCCUUCAAAGGCAGAAACUGAGACGGCUUGUCGAAGAUCCAUGCGCCUGCAGAGAGUAGAUCCCACGGGUCUUCCCUUGCCAGAGCCACAAGCCCACCUGGAAAUGGUUGAAGAACAUCCCUGUUUGCCCCCUGGACCGCUCCCAAUGGUGUCCGCAGAUCAGGAGCAGACAGCUGAACGGAUUGAAGGAUUUCUGGAAACGUGGGCAAAAAUAAGCCAGGUGGAGCCAAAGAAGACAGAAAAGGCGCCUUGUGGCUUGGAAAGCUAUGAGGUUAAUCUGCACAGAAUGGUCCUUGGUGGAGACGCGGUGGCAAAAGUGGUCAGAAGCCGGAUUUACUCGGUGGCAGUCCAUCCGUCCGAAAGCAGGACUUUGGUGGCAGCUGGAGACAAGUGGGGGCAAGUCGGUCUCUGGGAUUUGGACUCCACUUCAGGAGAAGAUGGAGUACAUGCCUUCGCAAUCCACAGCCAACCUGUUAGCUGCAUGUAUUUUUCCCCAUUCAAUCCAGCUCAUCUUCUUUCCCUCAGCCAUGAUGGCACUUUAAGAAAUGGGGACGUCACCAGAGCAGUCUUUGAUGAGGUAUACAGAAAUGAGGAGUGCAGUCUUUCCGCGUUUGACUUCCUGGACAGCGAAGCCUCUACCUUGAUAGUGGGAAUGUGGGAUGGGAAGGUGGCCGUAGUGGACCGGAGGACGCCCGGGAGUUCCUCAGAGCUCUCUGCUGACCUUAAUUCAACGACGAGGACCGUUCAUGUUCAUCCAGUUGACAGACAUUAUUUCGUUAGUGCUGGAGCAAGGAGUGUUGGCAUUUAUGAUGUGCGGCACCUGAAGAAGAGUGGGAGCAAGCCUGUGGUUUCGCUUACAGGACACACAAAGAGUGUUGCUUCCGCAUACUUCUCUCCCAUUACUGGAAACAGAGUGCUGACGACUUGUGCGGAUGAUAAACUCAGGAUCUUUGGGACCAAAUGCUUAUCAUCUCUCGCUCCUACUCUCAGAACUAUCAAGCAUAACAACAACACGGGACGGUGGCUGACCAGAUUCAGAGCUGUAUGGGACCCCAAAAGGGACGAUUGCUUUGUGGUGGGGAGCAUGUCCCGACCAAGACAAAUCCAGGCCUUCCACGUGACGGGAGAGUUGGUGCGUGACUUCCUCAGUGAAGACUAUCUUGGCUCUGUGUGUUCCAUCAAUGCCUGGCACCCAACCAGGUACAUUUUGGCGGGCGGCAAUUCCAGUGGCCGCCUCCAUGUUUUCAAAGAUUGAAAGGAGCUGGCUGUUUUUACAGGGCUAAGAGAAUGCCGGCUCUUGCACCAAGAGCAAAAGAGUCCGGCUUGCUUUUCACAAAGUGUUUGUUAGAGCUUUCGUUUUGUCUCAGGUCAGUGCAGAAAAAAUGUCUUCAGUUGCAGAUCUUAAAAUGGAGUGGAUUUUCAUCUGUGGGGACAAGGCCUACAUCGAUAGGAUGAUAAGCCAGGGCUUUUGGGGGCAGGCCAGGAAGAAUGCUGGCUUAUCGUUUAUGAGCAUCACGCAUGUUUAUUCUUCCUGGUCUGUCCAGCCACAAAGCUGAGCGGCUGAACAAACUGUGAGCCUCCUGUUUGCCAUUUGUUCAUUGUGAUGCUCAGGCCUUGCUCUACAGAGUCUUAAGCCAAGGUUUUAGGAGAUGGAUGAACAAGGCAAAGCUUCACAUUCACACCAUACAUGGGGGGUCAAAACUGGAGAUGCCAAAACAGUGCCUUUUAAAAUACUUACUGUGGUGGCUGAAUGCUCAGUGGCCUUCCCCAAAGUUACAAGCAACUGACACUGCGAAAUAGUUUUAAAAACCUUUGGGUUUUGCAGUGGUUGCAAGCCUUGGGCAAGAGGGUUUCCAGGUGGGAGUGUUUAAGCCUAAUGCAGAUGUUAAUUGCAUAUGUCAGUAUUCUGAGAUGCAAGAAGAGUUUUUGUUGUGUUUCAAGAGCAGAUAUAAGGCAUGGACUUACUUAGCAUCCAUGUGAUCAUAAGCAAUGUGUUGAUAAAGCUCAGGAGUGAGUGGCCAGAAGGGAAAUGGGCUGGGAAGCCAGAUGGCACCUUAAAGUAGGAAAACGGGUUUUAUUGUUGGACAGACCCUGUCCUGUGUAAAGUAUGUGCAGCAAACACCUUAAAAGCUGUGCAGAUUCAUGUCGUGUCGUAGCAAAAGUGCCUGUGCUUCAGUUUGUAAAAGCAGUUUCUGAAACAGUUUGAAAUAAAAGCCUUUCAGUGUU